CACUUAACAGCCAGCAGCCCCCCAAGGCUGCCCUUGUGUUGUCAAUGGAGGACAGAGAAAUCUCCUAAGGACACAGAUCCACAGAACAUCUGGACCAACGUCAAGAUCAGACUAUUUUCUUGCUGGAGCUGGGAAGAUGGCUACGUUGGUCCGAAAUCGAGGCAACAGUUUGCUGCACUUCUUCCUCUCUCUUAAUAUCCGGACAUUUCAGCCCUCAACUGGACCCCGCUCUUUUAAAACGUUCCAUGCUUUGUGGAGUGACCAGAAAGCAAAAGGAAUCCGCUACCAAGAACUUGUGGUUGGCGUUCCUAAAGAAGUAUAUAAAAAUGAAAAAAGAGUAUCCCUCUCUCCUGCUGGUGUCCAAGCUUUGGUGAAGCAAGGCUUCCGUGUGCAAGUGGAGCAUGGAGCAGGCGAAGAAGCCAAGUUCUCUGAUGAUCAGUACAUAGAGGCGGGAGCCAAAAUUGGGGACAUGAAAAGCGUGUUUGGAUCCGAUAUCGUUCUAAAGGUCAGAGCUCCAAUUUUUAAUGAAAAGUUGGGAAUCCAUGAGACCACCUUACUCAAGGAGAAAGCGGUUCUGGUCAGCUUUAUCUAUCCAGCACAGAAUCCAGAUCUCUUGGAGAAGCUUGCUCAGUGCAAAGCCACUGUCUUAGCAAUGGAUCAAGUGCCUCGAGUUACCAUUGCCCAAGGAUAUGAUGCCUUAAGCUCAAUGGCCAACAUUGCAGGGUACAAAGCCGUUGUUCUCGCGGCCAAUCACUUUGGAAGGUUUUUUACUGGGCAAAUCACUGCUGCAGGAAAAGUACCUCCUGCAAAGAUGCUGAUCAUUGGUGGAGGGGUGGCUGGCUUGGCUGCAGCUGGAGCAGCAAAAUCGAUGGGAGCCAUUGUUAGAGGAUUUGAUACCCGCCCUCCAGCUUUGGAGCAGUUCAAAUCCCUCGGUGCAGAACCUUUAGAAGUCAGCGUUGCGGAAACGGGAGAAGGUGUUGGAGGUUAUGCGAAAGAAAUGUCGAAGGAGUUCAUAGAGGCAGAAAUGGCCCUCUUUGCUAAACAGUGCAAAGAGGUGGACAUUGUUAUUAGUACAGCUCUUAUUCCAGGGAAAAAAGCUCCAAUCCUGAUCACCAAACCUAUGGUGGAAUCCAUGAGAGAUGGUUCCGUAAUAGUAGAUCUUGCCGCAGAAGCUGGUGGCAAUGUAGAGACCACUCACCCUGGAGAACUUCACAUACAUAAGGGCGUGGUGCACAUUGGUUAUACGGACUUGCCAAGCCGAAUGGCUACCCAGGCCAGUAGCCUCUAUUCAAACAACAUCUUGAAGCUAUUAAAAGCUAUUUCCCCUAGCAAAGAAUACUUUUACUUUGAGCCAAAAGAUGAUUUUGAUUAUGGGACGAUUGAUCAUGUCAUAAGAGGGACUAUGGUCAUGAAGGAAGGGAAAAAUAUCUUUCCAGCACCUUUACCUAAAACUUUACCACCUGCUGCCCCAGUUAAGCAGAAGUCUCUUCAAGAACUAGAAGCCGAAAAAGAAGCAGCCAUUUCACCCUUUAGAAAAACAAUGACCUCAGCUGGAGUAUAUACAACAGGUCUGACAUCAGUUUUAGGGUUGGGUCUCAUCUCCCCUAAUUCUGCCUUUACCCAAAUGGUGACAACUUUUGGUCUCGCUGGAAUUGUGGGCUACCACACCGUUUGGGGUGUUACACCUGCUCUCCAUUCACCUCUGAUGUCAGUGACCAAUGCAAUUUCUGGACUCACUGCUGUGGGCGGCUUGGUGUUGAUGGGGGGAUCUUACUUGCCUUCCAGUGUGCCUCAGACAUUAGCUUUACUGGCUGCCUUUGUUUCCUCAGUCAAUAUUGCAGGUGGCUUUCUAAUUACCCAGAGGAUGCUGGAUAUGUUUAAGCGUCCAACAGAUCCACCUGAAUACAAUUACCUCUAUCUUCUCCCUGGAACGGUCUUUGUUGGUGGAUAUGGUGCAUCUCUUCUCAGUGGAUACAGUAUUGAGCAGAUGAUGUACCUGGGCUCUGGCCUUUGCUGUGUGGGGGCCCUCGCUGGCUUAUCUAGUCAGAGCACUUCACGGCUUGGCAACGCCCUUGGGAUGAUUGGCGUCGCUGCUGGCAUUGCCGCUACAUUGGGCAGUUUGAAACCUUCACCAGAAGUACUGGCCCAGAUGUCCACGGCCAUGGCCUUGGGAGGCACUAUGGGUCUCACAAUUGCAAAACGUAUCGAGAUCUCUGACCUCCCACAACUGGUUGCUGCCUUUCACAGCCUGGUUGGUUUGGCAGCCGUUUUGACCUGCGUUGCUGAGUACAUGAUAGAAUAUCCCCACCUUGAUUUACAUCCAUCUGCCAGUGUUCUCAAAACUGUGGCCUACCUGGGCACUUACAUUGGGGGUGUAACCUUCAGUGGCUCUUUGGUAGCCUAUGGAAAACUGCAAGGUCUGUUGAACUCUUCUCCUCUUCUCCUGCCUGGCCGUCAUUAUUUGAAUGCUGGACUGAUGGCAGCUUCAGUAGGAGGCAUGAUUUAUUUUAUGUUAGACUCCAGCUAUACAGGAGGCAUGGCCUGCCUUCUUGGAGUUUCUGGGCUCUCCUCGAUAAUGGGAGUGACAUUAACGGCAGCCAUUGGUGGAGCAGACAUGCCUGUGGUGAUCACUGUGCUGAAUAGCUACUCUGGAUGGGCUUUGUGUGCAGAAGGGUUCCUUCUCAACAACAACUUGAUGACAAUCGUUGGAGCGUUGAUUGGCUCUUCUGGAGCUAUCCUGUCUUACAUCAUGUGUGUGGCUAUGAACCGCUCGCUACCAAAUGUCAUUUUGGGUGGAUAUGGUACAACAUCUACAGCUGGAGGAAAGCCCAUGGAAGUAGUUGGAACACAUACUGAAGUUGGGAUUGACCAAGCCAUUGAAAUGAUCAAAGAAGCAAACUCUAUCAUCAUUACACCAGGUUGGGGUUUAUGUGCAGCUAAAGCUCAAUACCCCAUUGCUGACAUGGUGAAAAUGCUCAACGAACAAGGAAAGAAAGUCAGGCAAGUAAAUGCCAUUGUUGAUGUAAAUAAAUUACCAUUUUUCUUCUUACUUUCAGACACAGAUUUGACUCUGGUCAUUGGUGCUAAUGAUACCGUGAACUCUGCAGCACAAGAAGAUCCCAACUCCAUUAUAGCUGGCAUGCCUGUAUUGGAAGUUUGGAAAUCUAAACAAGUCAUUGUCAUGAAACGCACCCUGGGAGUUGGGUACGCUGCAGUUGACAAUCCCAUUUUUUAUAAACCAAACACUUCGAUGUUGCUUGGAGACGCAAAGAAAACCUGUGAUGCUUUACAAGGCAAAAUUCGAAAUUCUUUUAGCCAUUAGUGCUUCCGGUCAUUCUAAGACAUCAUCCAGUGACGAAAGUGUUAUUAUGUACCUUUUGAUUGUGUUUAUUGAAGACCUUGAAAUCAAUGGACCUUCUAACUAGCUGGUGCCUAUUAUUUGUAUCCUUUGAAAAUGGACUUACCUCUUAUGUAUAUACAUUGUUAGAAAGAUAAAUAAGAGAAUCUAACUCAUAUGAGAAAUGAAUGGUUUUUCUGUGUCUUUAUAUGGGUGAAAAUUCUAUCUGUCCAUCCAUACAUGCCAUAAUCUACUUGUUUCUCUAACAUUGCUAUGACAUUUUCAACCUGUACAAUAAAAGAGAAAAGUGAUAAUUUCUGGGCCAGUUGUAGUCCUCUGGAGAGGACAUUCCCUCACCACAGAGAAGGAUCUUGUAGAGGAAAUGGUGGCUAUGGAUCUAGAUCAGAGAUCUCCAAACUUGGCAACUUUAAGACUUGUGGACUUCA